AUGUAUAGAUUUAGCAACACGUUGAUUGGGUUCUUAAACCUCUUCACACUCAUAGCCUCAAUCCCCAUCAUCGGGGGAGGGUUAUGGAUGGCGAGAAGCAGCACGACGUGCGAGAGCUUCCUACAGACGCCGCUCCUAGUGGUGGGGUUCGUGGUGCUGGUUGUGUCUCUAGCUGGGUUCAUUGGUGCUUGUUUUAACGUUGCAUGGGCGCUAUGGGUUUACUUAGUGGUGAUGUUGUUUCUAAUAGCUACGCUUAUGGGAUUGACGAUAUUUGGGUUUAUAGUGACGGCAGCGGGGGGAGGAGUGGAGGCACCAGGUGGGAGAGUGUAUAGAGAGUACCAUUUGGAACAAUACUCACCAUGGUUGAGGAAGAGAAUUAAGGAUCCAAGGUAUUGGCUAACCAUUAGGAGUUGUCUUUUGGGUUCUAAGACUUGUGCUCAACUUGCUUCUUGGACUCCUCUUGAUUAUCUUCAAAGAGAUAUGUCCCCAAUUCAGUCAGGUUGUUGCAAGCCACCAACGGCAUGCAACUACGACAUGAUGGCAGCAGGAGCCAUGGUGUCUCAGGAUCCGGAUUGCUAUCGAUGGAACAAUGCCCCUACCUUGUUGUGCUACGAGUGUGACUCUUGUAAAGCAGGUGUCCUUGAGAACGUUCGAAGAGACUGGCAUAAACUCUCCGUUCUCAACGUCGUUGUUGUCAUUCUACUCAUCGGUGUUUACUGCGUUGGUUGUUGCGCCUUCCGCAACACAAAGAGAGCUGAGACUGACUACCCUUACGGUCACAAUCAAAUGACCAAAGUUCGACCAAGAUGGGACUACUAUUGGUGGAGAUGGUUGCAUGACAAGAAAGAACAACUUUAUUAAGAGACAAAUAUUCCAUCCUCCAUUUCCCAGUUGUUCCCUUCACUACUUUUCUUCUUGUUGACAGAAUACAUCAAAAGAGUGGUCUCAAAUUUCCCUUUUCACUUCCUCUUUCUCUUUCCCUUUUUCCCUCCUUGUUUUGUAUAGACUUUUUUUUCCCACCUAUAUAAGUAAUUUGAAAUUAAGUUAGACAUUUUUAUCUUAUUACAUCCAUAUAAUAUCCUCAAAAACUUGCUCUACGUGAUACUUGAUAGUAAUUAGUGUUUUCUGUUGGGUCUUGAUUAGCCUAAAUCUAUUUAUGAUUUUGUAUGUAUUAAUAUGUCAAAAUUGUUAGCGUAUUUUAAAGAGAUCUAUAGUUCUAGAAUUGAAAGUGUUAUUUUAUAAGAGUUGAAAAGGAAAGUGCAUGUUUUUAAA